AUAAACAGGCAAACACAGUACUCCUCCAAUCAAAUCAAACUUCCAAAGAAAAACCAAAAACAAAAAUUUUCGGGGUUUCAGAGCCAUAGUCAGCCACUUCCUCUCUUGGCUCAUUACUGCUUUAUUUUCUGUCUUCCUUCAUUUGCCCAAUCUCUGAAUUCAUCUCGCUAAUCAUCUUUUUUGCAUACCAAUACCUCAAUUUUGUAUCAUUUUCUUUUCCUUUUGUAAACUCGGGGUAUUUUGAAUUCCCCAACCCACUGAAUCGUUGUUGUUAAAGGGUUGCGCCGUGGGAUUCUGCAGAUCUGUGUGAGAAUUCUCUUGCAAGUUCUCAAAUUUAUCAUAAUGCUGAUUUCUGAUUUCUAUAUGCUGAAUUCUGGUUAACUUUCUGUAGGAGUGGCAACGGUGAAGCUAUGCUUUUUUCAUUUUGAUAUUAGCUCGCAGGGAUACAGUAGUACAAAAUCAGCUGUUAGAUUGCAGUACCAGCUCGAUGGAUUCCAUGGGUGGAGGUAACAAUGUGACCAGCAAUGCCAAUUUAGCAUCGAAGCAUCGGCUUCGUUGGACCCAUGAGCUUCAUGAGCAAUUUGUUGAUGCUGUAGCACAACUUGGUGGACCAGAUAGGGCUACUCCCAAAGGCGUUCUUAGAGUUAUGGGGGUUCAAGGGCUAACAAUUUACCAUGUAAAAAGCCACUUACAGAAAUACCGACUUGCCAACUAUCUUCCAGAUUCUUCCUCUGAUGGGACAAAGGCUGAAAAGAAAGAAUCUGGAGACAUGUUUUCUGGUUUGGAUAGUUCAUCAGGAAUGCAAAUAACUGAAGCACUGAAGCUGCAAAUGGAGGUUCAAAAGCGAUUGCAUGAGCAAUUGGAGGUGCAGAGGCAGCUGCAGUUGCGGAUAGAAGCCCAAGGAAAGUAUUUGAAAAAGAUUAUCGAAGAACAACAACGCCUAAGUGGAGCUCUUCCAGAAGCACCCGUCUCAGGUGUUUUUGUACCUGAAGCAGAGGGAAUUUGCCCCGAAUCUGAGAACAAAACUGACCCAGGGACCCCUGCUGCAACGUCUGAGCCCCCUUUUGCCGACAAGCUUGCCAAAGAACGUAAUCCAGCCAAGAGCAUUUCGUUUGAUGAGUCUUUCUCCUCUCACAACGACCCACAAUCACCUGAUUCUGAUUGUCAUGUGUCGUCACCACUUCUCAGCCCAAAUGAGAGACCGGAGAAAAAGCAGCGCGGGAGCACUGACGUUGCAUGCACUACACCAGAAAUGGUUCUGAGCCACUCAGUACUGGAGUCGAGCUCGAGCCCUCCUUAUCAGUAGCCAGAUUCUGAUUUAUUGGGAAGAGAAUAGUCUUAUCAUCAAUCAGGGUUAUCCAUUGCAGGCAAAAACCAGUUAAAGAGGGUCACCAAUAGCGACGAUUAAUCCAUUCUGAUCUAUGCUUAUUCUGUCUAGUUUCUGAAACGCGUGUUUGCAUUAGGUCGAGGAACUUCUGAAACGCGUAUAUAGGUUUAAUGGAAGGAGUAUUUAGGUUUAGAAGCUUAGAUUCUGAGCAGGUGAAUUCUGGAAGAUUAACUAUUCUUUCAGCUAAAUAACCUCUUCUAUCACGCAGGUGAUUGAGUGCCAUGGCUGUUCUUGAUGUUCAGAUUCUCGAAUCUUGUCUUUCCUUUUACAUAAAGCUAUUUUAUCCUCGAACCUAAGUUGGUUAGGUGUCGAAAGAAUCA